GUGAAGAGUGUUUCCCUUUACCAAGGCUGCAUUUUUAUUAGUUCUCUCUCUCCCCCAUCUCUUUCCUCUCUCUCUCUCUCUAUCUCUCUCUCUCUCUCUCACACCCACACUAUUUUCUUGCUAAAACUCUGAAACAGAGGAAGCCCAGAAACUCAGCAGGGAAGUAAUUAAUGUUAUUCACACAAAGGGUCUGAAAGAAAAAAGGAAAAAUAUCUUUAUCACACUACUCUUUGUAAUUUCCUUUUCUCUUUCUUGAUGGGCUGCACUUAAUUUUCUCAAGACUUUCCUUUGCCUCAGAUCUAUCACUUUUAUUUUUUAUUUUAAAUUUCACAAUCAAUAGAUUUUGUGCCCAUUUGUCUUUCUUCUGUGGUGGGUAGCUGAGAAAAUGAGUAAAGAAGAGUUCUUGAAGAUUCAGACUUGUGUUCUUAAAGUCAAUAUACACUGUGAUGGAUGCAAGCAUAAGGUGAAGAAAAUCUUGCAGAAGAUUGAAGGUGUAUACACCAUAAAAAUAGAUUCAGAGCAAGGCAAGGUCACUGUGUCGGGCAACGUCGACUCGUCCACCCUCAUAAAGAAGCUCGUCAAAAACGGCAAACAUGCCGAGAUUUGGGUUUCAGCAGCUCCAGCAGAUGAAGGGAUUUCAGGACAUGAAGAUGAUGGGGCAAACCCUCAUCUCGGAAAGGCCGCCGGAGGCGGCGGUGGAAAUGGGAAAAAAGGUGGCGGUGGCGGAGGCGGAGGAGUGAAUAUUCCGGUUCAGAUGAAUCAUGGUGGUGGCAAGAAGGGUGCAAAUGAUAAUAAAAGUAAUAAUAAUAAUAAUAAUUCCGGUGGAAAUCAAAAUCAAAACCAGCAAGGUGGAAAAGGCGGCAAGAACGGUGGCGGCGGCAACAAUGGCCAAGCCAAGAACGGCGGCGGCGGCGGCGGCAAUGGUAUGAUGAACGGAGCGAAGAAAGCAGGAGGAUCGAAUGACGGGCCUCACGGCAUUAUGGGCGGGGCCCAUAUGGGGAACAUGCAUAUGGGCCCGAUGGGUGGUCAAAUGGGUCAAAUGGGCCAAAUGGGGAAUCUUGCGGCUGUCCAAGGGCUGCCGGCGUCCGGCGGAGGCGGCUACUUCCAGGGAGGUGGUGGUGGUGGGCCCGGAGGGGGCCCGUACAACCAGCAGCAGCAGAUGGCGGCGAUGAUGAUGAAUCAGCAGAGGGCGAACGGAAACGAGAGGUUCCAGCCGAUGAUGUACGCGCGGCCGCCGCCGGCGGUAAAUUAUAUGCCGUCGCCGUAUGGGCCGUACCACGGGGGAUACCCGUCUUACCCGCCGCCGGGAGAGAGGGUCGACCAGUACUCGAUGUUUAGCGACGAGAACACGAAUAGUUCUUCAAAUAGGCCAUGUAGGGCGGUGGUUGCUAUCUUUUUCUUAAGCCUGUCGUUUCGGCAGCAAAGUAUAAAACAGCAAUUCCUCGGGUUCAUUGCUUGGUCUUUGCCGGGAGUUGCUCUUUAUGCUUUCCUUUCUUUGUAG